GGGACCCGAGCCAGCGCCGCUCCAACCCGGCCUGGCCGCGCGCCCGGGCAGGCCUCCCGGGAUUGGAAGCCCCCCGGACGCGGGCGAGGACUGGCGCGGCGGAGCGACCCGGGGGAGGCGAGCCCUGCGGAGCGGCGGCCGCAGCCGGCGCCGGGAGGCGGUCACAGCCCCGGGGCGGGCGGGCAGUGGCGGCCCGCGGUUAUUUCUGGGCGCGCCCUGGUGCGCAGCGCUCGCAGCGGCUGCACGGCCCCCGCGCCCCCUGGGCCCAGCCCCGCGGCCAAAAUGCCUGCCCUGCACAUCGAAGACCUGCCCGAGAAGGAAAAGCUGAAGAUGGAAGUUGAGCAACUGCGCAAAGAAGUGAAGUUGCAGAGACAGCAGGUGUCUAAAUGUUCUGAAGAAAUAAAGAAUUAUAUUGAAGAACGCUCUGGAGAGGAUCCCCUGGUGAAGGGCAUUCCAGAAGACAAGAAUCCUUUCAAAGAAAAAGGCAGCUGUGUUAUCUCAUGAACAACUCCGGGGAGAAGCCUCAUCCUCCUUGGAGCAGCUCAUUUUCGGUUUCCCGCAGAAAACCACCAUGCCUUUUAAGGAAGAACAAGCAAAACUUAAAGGAGACUUCCUUAAGCACUAUAGAGAUAGAGUUGCGGGGGGGGAAAAGCAUGCACGCCUCUCAUCUUUGCUCACUUCGCAGAGUGGCAGAUGUAAAAUUAUGAAAUUAAGGAUGUUAUUUGUGCUUGAUUCGCCUCUUUUUUAAGUAUAUUGCUUGAUGCCUCAAAUAAAAUUUUAUCUUGGGAAAA